UGUGAAAUUAAUAAAGCAAAUAAGGACUCCAUACAUAGAUGAGGUAAUUGUUUCAGUAUUUAGCAAGUAAAAUUUAAUAAAUGGCUGAACAUGAAGAACAAUCUCUCGACUCAGAAUACAAACGCUACUUAGAAAUAAUGCGGCCUUAUUUAGGACAACUGUUGGAUCAGGAUGUAAUAGAAAUUUGCAAUGCAUGGAUUCAGAGACUCUCUGUUUGUAAACAAAAUGAAAAAGUACAACGCAAUAAAUAUAUAUUUGCCAUGUGCUAUCAACUAGCGAAAGGCAUACUCGAAGAACCUUUUUUGGAAAAUCCCACAUCUGAGGAGUUGAUCCCUUUACAGGAAGGAACAAUCACUGAUAAUUCUGCAAAUGAAUCUUCGGAAGUGGAAUAUCUUGUUCUUGAUUUAGAAAGCACUAAAACAAAAGUUAUUUUUAAUAAAGAUAACACUCCAUCAACGGAAAUAACUCGAAGUAGUGAGUGUUCUGAAACUGAACGGAGUAAUGGUUUUCACACUGAAAACAGAAACUCUAUUGACUCAAGUAAUAGACAACCAGAAGUACAGGUGAAUAAAACUGUAGUAUGUUAUAAUUGUCCAAAUAUUAUGCCAGCAUUUACAAACAAAGAAUUUUAUAACGAUAGCCACUACGAAGACAAAAAGUAUGGCCAUAGAGCAACCAAUCUUAUCAUGAAACUAAGGGAAAUAAAAAUGCAAAAUUUAAUGUUGCAUAACGAGUUAAGGGCUCUAAAACAAGACUCUAGAUUAAUACAUAAAUACGCUGACAAGCCGCAUGAUAGUAUUACAAAAGUCAGCAAUGCCACCAGUGCUCACAUUUGCAGUCAAGAUAGUAACAUGAUGUUGAAUUGCUUAAAAUCUAAAUUGCAAGAAGUUCAAGAUUCAAGAAAAUCUUUAAUAGAAAUUAUAAGUAAUUUACAAGACAAACUCGUCAAUUUUAGCGAAAUAAAAAGACAUGAAAUAGAAGAUUUGGUGGCUCAACAUCGCUUAGAAAUAAAACAAGUAGAAACUUGUAUUCGUGAAGAACUAAAGGCUAAUCAUGACAAACACAUAGAAGAACUAAAGCGCCAACAAGAACUAUUUAUUAAAAAUAUUGAGAGUAAGCACCUAAUAGAAAAAGAAAACAUAACGGCUACUACAGAGGCUACAAUAACUGAAAAAGAUAAAAUAAUCCAGUCAAUGGAAACCGAUAUUGGUAAUUUGAGAAGCUAUAUUGAAGAUCUCAAAAAUAAUCAAUACUUUAUGUUUAGUAAUUUUUUAGAUAACCCCAAUAAUGAUUUUAAUUCAAAAUGUAAGAUUCAAAGAGCUGAAGAACUCGAAAAGCGCUUGAAUAAAAUGGAAAAAUCUAAAAUAAAAUUUACAAAAGCUUAUGAGGCAAAACUAGCUAAUCUACAAAAAGAAAAGCAUUUGGCGGAUUGUUCGCUACAACUGCAAUUAAUGAAACAAAGGACUCAGAUUAUAAAUGACACAGCUGAUGAACAUCAAACAGAGUUGGUGACUAAUUUAGAUAAAUUAGAAAGUAAAUACAAAGACAUUGUAGCAAAUGUACAAGCGACGGCUGUUCAGCGCAGAGUUCAAGACCAAAUGGCGUUAGAAUCAAUAAUACAAACAGUGUGUGGAAUUCGCAAUGUAGGUUUGCACGGGAAUAUUGCACAAGCUACAUACACGAGCCAAUUAACAAACAGAGCUAUGCGUAAUCAAACAACGGACGUCAAUCAAAGUAACAAUGAAUUACCGACCAAUAUCAGAGAUAAUAAGGCUGGAUGUAUCAUAGUAGGCAAAAAACCUUUUGAAGGAGACAAUUUAAAAAAUGGUAGCUAUUUAGAAGGAAAAGAAUUUAGUGAACUUUUCGAGAGAGUAUGUGUUCCACAGAGGGAUACAGGUGAAAGUUCUCCUAAAUAGUAACUAUAUUUUAUGGUUGUUUUAUCAAGUUUUGCAUAAUAAAAUGUUUCGGGCACGGUUCUAUUCUUAGUUUCUGUUUAACAGCAUCAGUCAUAAAAUGGGUAUAGAAAAAAUACCAGCAUUUUUCCUUUAGCCACUUUGCUUCCCUCGUAAAUCAAAGACAAUUUCAUAAGGAGUCGCUGUCUUUUUUGUCGUAACAAUGAGAUAUUACAGAUCCAAUAUAUAUGAUCGGCCAAGCUUGAAGCAUCACAACUUUUGUUAGUCUUG